AUGGCGGACAAGAAAGGCGCGCAACGCCUCCGAAACACCAUCAAUUCUCGCAAGCAUCGUCAAAAUAAGCUUGACCGCAUCCGCGAGUUGGAGGAGAAGCUGGCGGCUUGCGAAGCCGAUAGGAGGAAAUGGAAGGAGAGAGCCGAGGAGUUGGGGUGGACAGAGAAUCGCGGCCGUGGUUAG